UAUAUAAUUGCGAAACCCUAAAAGAUCUAUUUAUCCAUCUUCUUCUUCUUGCUUUCUUUCCUUAAAUCAUCUAAAUCUUCACGUUACUUCCUUAUCUGCAUUUCAACUUAACCAUGGCUUCGAUUGUCUGCUGUUCCGCUCCAUUUACGAUCCGAGCAUCUUCCGGAUCCGGGUCUAUGAAAAACUCGGAUCCAAACCGCAAGAAAACUGUUUCUUGGUGGGCUCCUCUCUUCGGCAUACCCUCCGAGCCGGAUUACCUCAACAUCGAAACCUCCUCCUCCGUGGCUCCGGAAUCGAACGGGUCGGGUCAGGAUCCGGGUCAAAAGCUGCGUCGUCGCGGGUGUCUCACGGAGGAGAAAGCUAGGGAGUUGAGGAAGAAAAUCGCAGAAGCUUCCACGUUCCACGAAGUUAUGUAUCAUUCAGCGAUUGCGUCUCGGCUCGCUUCUGAUAUCUCGGGUCGGGUCAAGGAAUAAAACGGAUCCGGGUCGCUAUUUUUCAGAUCUGGAAAUCAAUUUGUCGAAUCGAAAAUGUUUCCUCUUUUAGUUGUCGUGUUUCUGUAGGUUUCAGACCAUCUUCUGUCGGUGCUUGUUUUUCAUUGGAACCGUUGGAUUGGGUAUUGUCUUUUGUGUUGUAAAGUCUUGUUUUUAAGAACCGUUGGAUCUUUAGUUAAUUAAUUAAUUACUGUUUUCUUUA